GGCAGGCAGGCUCGACUUCUCCGCUGCCUUAGUCUUCUCGCCCUGCCAUUCAGUCCGCGCUUCACCCUCACCCUGGGCAGGGCACCGAACCUGGGGGCGACUCCCGUAGCCGCCUGGGGCUGAGCGUGGCCGAGCUGGGCUGGGGGAAGCGCCUCCUGAUUCUUCGCCAAAGGCCAGCAAGAAUCUUCGCGGGAGGGGGAAAUUGUGUCCGGCGACCGCGGCAGGAGGGACGGGCGGAGCCCAACCGCGCUGGGAGCGAGUUUGCAGGGAGGCAAACGGCGUCGGACCUCGGCGCUCGGUUCCGCGCAGGUGCAUUUUUCCUGGGGAAGCAAAGCAGGUGCGGCCCCGCGGCCUCCUUCCGACUCCUCCGAGUUGUCUGCGGGACUCUCUGCAAGCCGGAACGCGGUUGCUCUGGGAGCGGAAAGCGCCAGCCCGGCGCGCCGUGCCAAGCCCGGAGUAGCGGCGGCGCCUGGCCAAGCAUGCUGGUAGACUGUCCGCGCUCGAGUCCAGCAGGAUCCCUGAAACUUUCUUCCACGUGAAACACAACCCCAAUUGGAGCGCCGAGCCACCCGGCUGUCCGCCUGCCCAAGCCGGAGCGCCCCAGGAGUAAGCAGCCCCCGCUGGGUCUUGGGAUGGGACGAACAGAAGUGAUUCCGAAGUCGAGGGUGAAGUGGCUGCGCCGCGCCCGUCCCGCCGAGCUUUAGACCCGCGGCGCGCUGGUGAGAGGUGCGCCCGCCGCCCUCGCGAAACUUUCGGGGUGUGCCAGGGGAGAUGAAAACCAAGGGGACCGCUAGGGAGCCCCCUGCUGCCUCCACCUCUUCCACUCCGGAUGGCUCAGUCCUUCUAGGAGCGCCUCACCCAUCGGAUCGCGACCCCUUUGCCGAAAGGGAGACGGUCGAGGCGAUCGAUCUGACCCUGGACGGGCUUCUGUACGCUAGAAGUAGCGAGGAGGAGGAAGAGGACGACGACGACGAAGAAGAGGAGGAGGAGGAGCGGGAAGAGGGGCAAAAGUGUCUCAAGGAGCGAGAACGGCUAUCUGGCUCAUCCUUGGUCCAGGAAAGCUCCGGGUUACCGUCGGGCAAAGAUGCCCUGGACCGGGUCCUGGAUACCUUUCUAACCCCGUCCUCCGGCCAAGCCCACUCGGACAGCUCCUCGGCGGCGUGGUCGUCUUUCUUCGGCUCGGAGAUCCCCGACUUGGCCGGUGGGCUACCGAACCGGCGCCCCUUCGACGGCAAAGAAGGGGGCGCGCCCGCGGACGCCGUUUCCUUGCCGCCGCCUCUUUCUCCUGCAGCCACCGCCUCUCCUUCCACUUGGAAGGCGGCUAAGGAUGCGGAGGGAGCUCCUUUUAAGAGCCCGAGGGGCAGGGCCCCAGCCUCCGCCACCUCGACGCUGCCUAAAGGAGUGCAGCAGCCCGGCUCGGCAGAGGAAGUCCUGGCCACGGGCCCUGGCAGCGCGGCGGCGGCGGCCGCCUCCUCCUCCUCUUCCCCCUCCUGCAGGCUCCCGCUGGCUCCGGCCUCAGGGCGCUCCCCGCUGGCCGCCCCCUCCGGCUGCCACGAGUUUCUCAACCUGCCCAUCCUGCCCCUCAACCCGGCGUACUUAGCCGCCCGGACGCGGCAGCUGCUGGACGUGGAGGAGCCCCAGGACUGGAGCCCCUUCUGCGGGCACCCGAGCGCGGCCUCCUCGCCCGCUCCCUGCAGCCUCCAGGAGUUCGCCAGCUUCGUGUACCCUCCCAAAGAGGGGCACCCGCCGCCGCCGCCCGCGCCUUACCUUCUCGGCUGCGGCGGGGACUUUCAGCCCAGCUUCAAGAUCAAAGAGGAGGCCCUCGCGGCGGCCGUGGCCAAGAGCAGCGCCGACGGCGGGGCGCACUCGGGCGCCAGAACUUUGCCGUCGGCCACCGCGGGCCCUUGCGCAGACUACGCUCCGGCGGGCGCUGCCACUUCGCAGCCGAAGAGCGGCAUGAGCGGCCAGGAAGCCUCCGCCGUCCCCCUCGCCCCCUCGUCGUCCCUGGAGUGCGUCCUGUACAAGGCGGAGGUGGCGGCGGCGAGUGCGGGCGCCGUCCCGGGCUCUUACGGACCAGCGUCUUACAAAGCCUCCUCCAGCUGCGUAGCGCAGAGGGACGCUCUCGCUUUGCCCUCUACCUCGGGCGCCGCGCCUCAAGCCGUGUACCAGCCGCUCGCCUUCCCCGGCCAGCAGCCGUUCUCGGGCCUGAAAGACGGAUUGCCCCCAUUCUACUCGCCUUACCUGGGCUAUAUAAGGUCUGAUGCCGAAGCUGGUCAGAGCCCCCAGUAUGGGUUUGAACCUUUGCCCCAGAAGAUCUGCCUUAUCUGUGGUGACGAAGCUUCUGGAUGCCACUAUGGUGUCCUCACCUGCGGAAGCUGCAAAGUCUUCUUCAAAAGAGCAAUGGAAGGUCAACAUAAUUAUCUAUGUGCAGGGCGGAAUGACUGCAUAGUGGAUAAGAUUCGUCGGAAAAACUGCCCCGCGUGUCGCUUGAGAAAGUGCUGUCAAGCUGGCAUGAUACUUGGAGGUCGAAAGUUUAAGAAGUUCAAUAAGGUCAAAAUGCUAAGAGCCUUAGAUGUUGUCGCACUCCAACAACCAGCAGCCCUUCCAAAUGAAAGCCAAACAUUGGUACAGAGGCUUUCUUUUUCACCAAGUCAAGAUGUUCAAUUUAUCCCUCCACUGAUCACUGUCUUACAAAGCAUUGAGCCAGAAGUUGUCUACGCAGGUUAUGAUAACACAAAACCAGAAACUCCAAGUGCGCUGAUGACCAGCCUCAAUCACCUAUGUGAGAGGCAGCUCCUCUGUGUAGUCAAGUGGUCCAAGUCAUUACCAGGAUUCCGGAACUUACAUAUUGAUGACCAGAUAACUCUUAUCCAGUAUUCAUGGAUGAGCCUAAUGGUCUUUGCAAUGGGAUGGAGGUCAUACAAACAUGUCAGUGGUCAAAUGCUAUACUUUGCACCUGAUCUAAUCUUAAAUGAGCAGAGGAUGAAAGAAUCUUCGUUCUAUUCCCUGUGCCUGUCCAUGUGGCAAAUUCCACAGGAGUUUGUCAAGCUACAAGUAAGCAGUGAAGAAUUCCUUUGCAUGAAAGCCCUGCUCCUCCUGAAUACAAUUCCUUUGGAAGGACUCAGAAGCCAAAAUCAGUUUGAUGAAAUGAGAUCCAGUUAUAUCAGAGAGCUGGUCAAAGCAAUUGGGUUGCGACAGAAAGGGGUUGUAGCCAGUUCUCAACGUUUCUACCAGCUCACAAAGCUUAUGGAUUCCAUGCAUGAUCUUGUGAAGCAACUUCACUUAUACUGUCUCAACACAUUUCUUCAGUCUCGGGCGCUGAGUGUUGAAUUCCCAGAGAUGAUGUCAGAAGUGAUUGCAGCACAACUACCGAAGAUACUGGCAGGAAUGGUGAAACCACUUCUCUUUCACAAAAAGUGACCUGCCUCUCCAUCUGUCUACAACCUCACCCCCCCCACCCCCCAUCUCUGGUCUUUCUUUCUCAUCACAAGUUGUGUAUUUUAAAAAAUUGUUGGAGAUUAUUUUGGGAGGAUGAGAUUUUGCAGUGUCAGGAUAUUCCCAGUUCUAUGUCACUUCAUAUGCCUACCGUUUUAGGGAUUAGACCUGGAUUCAGUCAUACUUAGAGGAGACCCAUUGAAUCAAUGGGACAGAGGUCAGCCAUGGAUCAGUUACUGACACUGAUUUCAUGGACCUGUUUGGAGUCUGGCCAAAUCUAUAGCCAGUCCACUUUGCCCGCAAAGCUUUACUUGCUGAGCCUGUACAUCUCCACAUCAUGAACGUUUUAUUCCCUCUGCAAGUUUUUUCUCCCAUGGCAUGACCAAUAUUUGUCACAAGAAAUGUUUUAUAAUGGGCCUGAUUAAAUUUCUGCUCAGAUAUCCAUUUGAGAUCAGGUGUUUUUUUUUAAGAACAGGAAGUCACCUUGUACAUUUUCCCUUCAUAUUAUUCAUUUUUAAAUUGCUAUAAUGGAGUAAAAUUUCAGCUUUUAUUACAUUUCUGUCUUUCUUUGUGUGGUUAUAUGUGUAUAUGUAUAUAAAUAUGCCAGAAUAUAGUAAAAUUAAAAUAGAAAUAAUCUUCUAAACUCAGAA